AUGGGCAUCCAUGCAAGUUCUGUUAGCGUCAUGCCAGGAGUGGGGCUCCCCAAUAGAGAUGCCCAACAUGCUACUAUCGCCAAGUUCAUUCAAAAUGAACUUGACGCAGAACGCGAGAAAGUAGCCUUGCUUCACCAACAAGGUUCUCAACAAGCAGAGCUGUUGAGAGAACAAGGUGCUCAACAGUUUGAACUGUUGAGACAGCAGCAGGUUGCCGCUGGCGGGUCGAUGCACUCGCGCGGCCUGGAGACUUUGAAGAUUGACAUCUCAAAGUAUAGGGGGUCGAAGAAGCUUCCCCUGAGAUGGUUCGUCGAAUUGGAUGACGCCAUAAGGGCGCGCCGCAUCGACGACGGGGAUAUGCAAGCCGUAUUGGCCCAGUCAAAUCCGGCAGGACGCGCGAAGAUCAUAAUCCCUCCGGGCCUAAGCCGCACGACCCAUAUGCGUUUGGGUCGUUGGAGUCCCCAAGUCGCGGCCAGACAAACGUUUGAACCGCCUAGAGCUGAGUUCAGAGCUCGAACCGAACUCUUGAAGCUCAAGCAGGGUAAGCGUGAUGUGCACGCUUACGCUCAACAUAUACGACAUCUCACGAGUUGUUAA